AUGGAGUGGGUUUUGGUCCAUGUGCCACCCUCUUGUCCGGGGUCCUUAGAGGACAUCCCUGUCCUGUGGGGAUCGGGCUAUCCGCAACCUGCCCACCCGUCUGUUGAAGAAAAGAAAGAAAAAACCCUGGAAAGAAUAAUAUCAGCCCAAGGAAAGGUCAGAGGUGAAAUAUCAGAGUUGAAGGACAAGUUGCAACUGGCUAAAGAAACAAUCUCGAAGUUUAAAGAAGAAAUAGCAAAACUGCAAAACAAUCCCGCAUCCAGUAUCUUAUCAGGAAUG